AUGCCAGCAAGUAAUGAAAGCAAGUAUAUAAAAGAAGUAUGGGCGGAAAACCUGGAGGAAGAAAUGGCUGUUCUACGUGACCUGGUAGAACAGUAUCCCUUCCUUGCAAUGGACACCGAAUUUCCUGGAGUCGUGGCCAGACCGAUUGGAAUUUUUCGAGGAAGCUCAGAUUAUCACUAUCAAACACUUCGAUGUAAUGUAGAUUUGCUGAAAAUUAUUCAGUUGGGAAUUACAUUUGCAGACGAAAAUGGAAAUCUACCACCGGAUACUUGCACAUGGCAGUUUAAUUUUAGAUUCAACUUGGCAGAUGAUAUGUACGCUCAAGAUUCUAUUGAUCUCCUGACAAAGUCUGGCAUCGACUUUAAAAGGCACGAGGAUUAUGGCAUAAAUGUUGAACAUUUUGGAGAAUUAUUAAUUAGCUCAGGUUUUGUUCUGUUUGACGACGUGAAAUGGAUAUCGUUUCAUAGUGGCUACGAUUUUGGAUAUCUGUUGAAAGUGCUUACUUGUUCUCCUCUUCCAGCCGAGGAAACGGAAUUCUUUGAUCUGCUAAGAACAUAUUUUCCAUGUAUAUACGACAUAAAAUAUCUCAUGAAGAGCUUCAAGAAUUUAAAGGGUGGAUUGCAGGAUAUUGCCGACGACUUACAGGUUACCCGAAUUGGUCCUCAACAUCAAGCCGGUAGCGAUAGUCUUUUAACAGCGACAACCUUUUUUAAGAUGCGUCAAACUUUUUUUAACGACAGGAUUGAUGAUCAGAAGGGUUACCUGUAUGGUCUUGGAAGCGGUAUAUCUACACCUAACGUGACAAAUUCGACAAUCGGAACACCACCAAUUACCACCAAUAUUGUUGCCGCUACAAAUGAUUUGACUUUAACGUCAGAAAACAAUCAUUCACCACCCGUCCCAACUGAAAAUUCCUUGUCGUCAGCUUCCACGUCAUCACCUACAGCCGUUCCAGCUGUUACUACGAAUGGAAAAUUAGGCUCUUUGCACAAUAAUAGUAAUUCUACCACAAACACUAAUGGCACAACCAUACCAAUAAACAACAAUUAA